CACCCAACAAAAGACAAGCCAGAGGAAAGUGCUCCCCCACUACUAGAGCGCACACAGGGAUGGAGUAAGGAGCACUACAGGGACUCCCAGGACUGCCCCUCAUUCAAAAGGAACUCCACACAAGUCCUCAGAAGGAGAGAGAACAUUGAACUUUACCUCCCAGUAGAAGCUCUCCAGGUCCAGGACGUAGACAUGUGGCUGCUGCUGUGGAUAACUCUUCUUGGUGUAUACUUCUCCUCUGCUGCAGGUAGAUUUGCAGAGUCUUCAAGAAGGCACAGGCGGCUCAUACCGUCUCUAAACACACCGGGAAUAUGUAGAUAUGGAACCAAAAUGGAGUGCUGCUAUGGGUGGAAACGAAACAGCAAAGGCCAAUGUGAAGCUACAUGUGAACAGGGCUGUAAGCAUGGCGAAUGUAUGGGACUGAACAAAUGUAAAUGUUUCCCUGGAUUCACCGGCACUAGCUGCAGUCAAGACUUGAAUGAAUGCGGUCUUAAGCCUCGUCCUUGUGAACAUCGGUGUAUGAACACUCACGGCAGCUACAAGUGCUAUUGUCUUAAUGGCUACAUGCUGAUGCCAGAUGGCUCCUGCUCAAACUCCAGGACCUGUGCGAUGGCAAACUGCCAAUACGGCUGUGAGGAAGUCCAGGGAGAAGUGCGGUGCUUAUGUCCCUCAAGUGGACUGCAGCUGGGGCCAGAUGGAAAGAACUGUAUAGAUAUUGAUGAAUGUGCCACUGGGAAAGCACUCUGCCCUUUUAACCGGAGAUGUGUGAAUACAUUUGGAAGCUAUUACUGCAAGUGCCAGCAUGGCUUUGAGUUAAAAUACGUGAAUGGCAGAUACGACUGCGUAGAUAUAAAUGAGUGCCUGGAGACCACUCACAAGUGCAGCCCUCACAGCGAUUGCCUCAACACUCCAGGAGCCUAUAAAUGCAGAUGUAAGCAAGGAUACAAGGGGAGUGGAUAUGUCUGUUCAGCUAUUCCAGACAAACCUGUGAAAGAAAGCCCCAAAAUAGUUGGAAGUGCAAAAGACACAGUCAAGAAACUCUUGGCACAUAAGAACAGCCUCAAGAGAAAUGAAGAAAAAAUGAAUUUAAUACCUGAACCAGUUAUUACUCCAUCACCAAAGACACGCUUGCAGCCAUUUGACUAUGUGGAUGGAGUCUACAUUGGUGAAACGAAAAAUGAAAAAGAUGGAAAAGAAUUUGAAGAAGAUGACCAGAAUGAAGAUGAAGAAGAGGAAGAAGAUGAUGAGGAUGACUAUGACAAUGGAAUUGGACAAGAAAAGAUACUGAGGGGUGACGUGUUUGCCUUACAGGUUAAAAGAGAGGAGCCUGCUUUUAGAUCAAAUGUUCUGAAUCAGAAGGCCACGUCACUAAAAUCAGAAGAGCUGUCCAUAGACUGCAGCUUUGAUCGUGGAGCCUGUGAUUGGAAACAGGAGACUGAAGAUGACUUUGAUUGGAAACAUUCAAAUCGCAGCCAUGGUACUGGGUUUUAUCUGUCGGUUCCUGCUACUGUUGGUCCCAAGAAGGCUGUGGGCCGCCUGAGACUCCCACUUACAAAUCUGCGCACAAGCAGCAAGUUCUGUUUAAUUUUUACUUAUCGCCUUAUUGGAGAAAAGUUUGGGAAACUACGGGUGUAUAUGAAUGAAAACAAAAAUCCAAUCUGGGAAGAGAACAGAAGUAAAGAAGAAGGAUGGAGGAUAGCAAGAAUAGAAAUACCUGAGACACAGGGCAGCUCUUCCAGCACGAUUAUAUUUGAAUCUGAACGUGGGAAGGGGAAAAAUGGAGAAAUGGCAUUGGACAAUGUCUUCUUUGUCUCUGGACCAUGCACUGAAGAUUAAGUGAGAAGAAGAAUGCCUCAGUUUAAGGAACACUAUCAUUUUCUAAUAACAUUAGAUUGCCUAUUUUGAGCAAACUGCAUAAUGUACUUUAACUUAUGUUUACUAUGUUUAAUUACUUUUUUGUAAAUUUUAUGUGUUUCAGUCCCAUACACAACUGUAUCCAUCAAUCUCCCACCACCUCAAACCAAAAUGUGAACUGAUCGCUUGGAGUCCAACCAAUCACUUGAAUGGGCUUCCCGAGCCCCUUGUUCCUCCUCACUAUACAAGUGCAGUCAGUAGGAAUUUAGAUGGUGCUGUAGUCGAGCAUGUGUGCUGACAUUUAACUCAAGGUUUAUGGGGCUCACAGAAACAAGCGUGUACAGUGCUCAUUUUACAUCAAUAUGUGGGAGUCCCAGUAGUGCGGACCAGCAAUCAUACCUAAUAUAUUCUAUAGGGAGGUGAAAACUAAAACUGUUCAUUUUGGUUCAUGCCCUUUAAAAGGGUUUUCCCAAUUGGACAACACCUCAAAAAGAAGUAGUUCCCUCAGCCAGUUGAUCAUCAAUGGUCGAGCUACUGAAAUCCCCAAAUAUAUCAACAGAGCAGACCAAGAAUGUGGAAGGAGAGAUCAGCAGCCAUAACUAUAAAACAAAUAUAUGACAAUUGAUUAAAGGGAUGCUCUGGGCUACAUAUUUUGAUGUCUUAUCAUCAAGAUAGGUCAUCGAUAUCAAAUCGGUAGGGGUCAAAAACCCGGCACCCCCACUGAUUAGCUAGUUUGAGCUGCCAUGUUGCCAAAAACGAUACAGUAUACAGAGCUGGAGACAGGCAGCUCCAUACACUGUGUACCCACCAAUCAGCUGUUUCAGGCCGAGCAAAAGGCUCUGUACACUGUGUACUUGCCAUGCUGUGAUACUGCGGCUCAGCUCCCAUUCAAGUGAAUUGAAGAUGAGCUUCGGUAUGCCGUUGCCGGGAAGUACACAGUGUACAGAGCCUUCUGUUUGCACUCAGUACACUGUUUCUAGCACCGUCCCGAAACAGCUGAUCAGUGAGGAUGCCAGAUGUUGGACUACUAAUGACAUAUCCUAAGGAGAAGCAAUCAAUAUCCAGAGAACCCCUUUAACAUUUAACUGUGAAUUUUUUUUUUUUCUAAUGAGCGAUAAGGAACAUUUUUCUAAUAUACUAUUUCAAGAACCUUUACAUUUAUAGUAAAAAACUUGCCCAGAAAUGUCCCUUAAUAUCGCUCUCUUAAAUGAGUGUUACUAAGGGUGGGUUCACACUACCAUUAUGCCAUUCCAUUAUAGGUUCCCUUUAUAACAGAAUAUAACGGAAUGGCCAGACGGAAUGCAAAACGGAAGCCUCUAAGAGGCAUUCCGUUUUGCUCCGUCCUAAUAGAAGUCUGUGGGCAAGCAUAACGGAUCCUUCUGGUUUCCGUUAUGCAGGAUGGAAAAAAAAGUCCUCUCGACAGGACUUUGUUUCCAUCCUGCAUAAUGGAAACCAGACAGAUUUUAUGUCUUCCAAGUACAGUACAGCGCAGUACUGACUGUGAAGCCCAGCAGCUCCCAGCCCGUCUUCAGAGUCAGUACUGCACUGCACUGUACUAGGAAGACAGAUAUGCCUUAGCAAGGCUAAUUUAAGAGAGCACUGCUAAGGGACAUCUCUUGGCAAGUUUUCUACUAUAAAUAACGUAUAGUAGAAAAAUGUUCCCUAUCACUGUCCCUACACAUUAGCAAAAUAAAUAAAUAAAUAAAACAGUUACACAUUAAUGGUUCCUUAGAAGUUUGAGGAGGCAUUAGUAGGGUGUUACACAUAACACACUUUCUAUGCUUUGGUGCUAAUGUCCCUGUAACUAUAUUGUACAGGGUGGCCUCUAGCAAUAGUAUGACAAGAUGAACGUGGAUUGUUUUGUUUUUUUUAAUUACCUACAAGUCACAAAAGAUGCUGAAAGUGGUCCCCGCUCAGGUCUAUGCAUAUUUGGGCACGUCGGAUUAUGUUGGCUGAUACUGCUUGCUCGUUCAUCUUGUCAUACUAUCGCUGGAGGCGAGCUACUUCUUCAUGGACCACCCUGUAUAAACAGUCACAUGAAAGUACAUAAAUAUACACUAUACUGUUGUCAUGUGUGCUAGUAAAGGGAUUAUGUACAGUAUGAACAACAUAUCCCGUUCAAAGGGAACAUUAUAAUUUCCAGAUUUGGAGAGUUGUAUUUUACAUGCUACUAUAGUCACAUACAACUCGCCUAUAAGGUGCCUUGUCAUUUUUUUGUAUUUUUAUUCUUAUUUCUCUGCUGUUACAUGUUUGACUGUCCCUGUCGUCACUAAACUAGUGGCUGUAACCAUACACUACAUCACUUUCUUACUGAAAAGUAUUAUCUAGCACUUGUAUGUGCACUGUGAAAACCAUACUUGAUAUAAUGCAGCAUGUACUGUAGCUACAUUAUCCACGCAGUAUUCGUAAAAUGUUACUUGUCUAUUUGUUAUACUACAGAAGCCUUACCUUCCAGAAAGGAAGAAGGAACUUCUUACAGGCUUAGUAAGCAUUCAAUGUGAAAUGUAUUGCAGAAGCAAUAAAGUGCCUUACAAUGAGUCCUUUACGGACUGGAAGAAGUUCAGAAGUUGACUGCACUCACAAAGUGUGAAUUUGGUGUAGUUUUGCUGUCUUGGAAAGGUCAUAAAGGGAAGGAUAGACUGAGGCCAGAUCCAUGCAGCUCAGAUCCAAAAACUGUAGGGUUAGACAACUCGUUCUGAGUCCUUCGAAUCCACAGAGGCUACGAAGGCCCAUUCAUUUCAGUAUUGUAACUGCAUUUCUACGACAGGUCACCCCUACCAGCAACACCACAGUAAUCUGGGCCUGCAUACUGAACUGGGCUGCCUUUAAGACAUGUACAGGUGAAACUCGAAAAAUUAGAAUAUUGUGCAAAGUUUAUUAAUUUCAGUAAUGCAACUUAAAAGGUGAAACUAAUAUAUGAGAUAGACUCAUUA